AUGGAAAAAGAGCGUUCCGAUACACUCGAGGCACAGCCCACAAAUAUCUCUUCAGAGUCUUCUGACCAGGAUACAACCACGAAAGUACGGCAAAAAUGGUAUCAGAAUCUUUAUGGGGAGUUGAAGACCCCCGGGUCGGCUUUGCAGAUCGUGCUCGCAGCAGCUGUCGCUAUCGCGAUUGGAAUGGCGGUCACUGCCAAUGUCGAUGAAAUUCCUGAGGCUGCUCCGAUCCUACUGGAGAUUCCGGGAAUGUUGUGGUUGAGAGCUCUGAGAGCAACAGUACUGCCACUUAUUGUCACUGCUAUUAUUUUAGCCGUUCAGACCUUGAAAGAAAUGGCGAAAGACGGAGCGAAACUUGCUAGGUGGACAGUCGGGUAUUAUGUUCUCACGACUAUUCUUGCUGUCGUGCAUAGCAUGAUCCUGGUCGACCUAGUUUGGAGGCGCCUAAUGGUCGAAGUGGGCAGCGACAGCCUCGCUGUUGACGGCGAUGAUCAGGACUUGAUCGAGGAGAGAGCAGCCGUCAAACCUCACAAUAUCGUGGUACAAGUUUUCCAAUCUUUCAUUCCGUCGAACAUUUUUGCCGCACUCGCAGAAGACAGCCUUCUUGCAGUCUUGGUCACUGCAGUCGUUGCAGGCUGUCUGAUUAAAGGUCCUGAUUCUUCUCUUUUACGGGGAGUGAAGGAGGUUGAGAGAAUCAUCACGAUUGUGAUCACUUUUCUGAUUAAGCUGGCACCGAUUGGUGUGUUCUUCCUCAUCUUGGCGAAUAUCAUGACUCUUGAGCUCGCAGACAUUGGGAGGAAUCUUGGUGUCCUCAUCGGUGGCAGCAUCACAGGAAUGUUCAUUCAUCUGUUCAUCAUUCUCCCAAUCAUCUUCUUCGCCUUCACGAGAAUGAAUCCUUAUUCAUACUGGCUGAAGGGGUCGCCUGCUUGGGUCACCGCUUGGGGAACAGCAUCUUCUGCGGCAACACUACCGGUCACAAUCAGAGUUGUGCGCGCUCGCGGUGUCCCGGAGACGAUCAACAAGUUUUCCGUGCCUCUGGGAUGUUUGAUCAACAUGGACGGGACGGCCAUAUACUUUCCCAUGGUGGUCGUCUUUCUUGCCGAAACACAAGGCAUCAGCCUGAAUGCAGGAGAAUACGUCAUUAUUGUUCUCUUGUCCACGCUGUCAUCGAUUGCCACCACACCUAUUCCCAGCUCAUCUUUGGUCUUGACUGUCAUGAUAGCAGGCGCUAUCAACGUCCCCAUCACAGGAAUGUACGCUGUGGUUGUGGCCAUCGACUGGUUCAUUGAUCGCUUUAGAACAGCGACCAAUGUGAGCGGCGAUCUUUUUGCUGCUCGUAUUUUGCAAACCGUGACAGGAAUCAAAGAUAAGGAGGCUGCAGAUAUGGAGCCGCAUACAGUUUCGGAUGAUCAUUCGAAUAACUAUUCGAAUGAGGCAAUUGAGGAGCGCCGACUAAGUCGUCCCCCGGCUUAG